CAUUAAUUCUCUUGUUGGUUGGUCUACUUUGUAUCUUCCUAGAUAUACUAUCCAUUUUUUUUUCUCCUGUACAUAAACGUAUAUAAAUACAUACAUCUUCUUAGCCUUUCAUACCGCAAAUUUUCUCACCACAUUUCCUCCCAAAAACAUAUAAUGUCAAACCAAACGAGACAAAGAACGGAAAUCAACAAUGGCACAAACAAUGAAUCGAGCUUUAAACAGUCGAUUAGAUUGAAGUACGUUAAAUUAAGUUACCAUUACUUAAUUUCGAAUUUCUUGUACUUCAUGUUAGUCCCUUUAAUUCUUAUGGUUUUAAGCAGCAUACAUAUUUCCGUACAUUCAUUUCAUGAUUUGUUACAAAUGUCACUUAAUAUAGUCAAGUAUAACAUGGUCAUGGUGUUUAUGUGUACGGGCUUAUUGAUCUUUCUAGGCACACUCUACUUUAUGAGUCGGCCUAGAACUAUAUACUUAGUUAACUUUGCUUGUUACAAGCCUGAUCAAGCACGAAAAGUUACUAAAGAGAUUUUCAUGGAUAGAACGAUGAAUCUUGGGAUAUUCUCCCAAGAAAACGUCGAUUUUCAAAAAAAGAUCCUAGAAAGGUCGGGUUUGGGUCAGGAGACGUAUUUCCCCGAGGCAUUGAUUCAGGUCCCACCUAAUCCAAGCAUGGCUGAGGCUCGAAAGGAGGCCGAGAUAGUGAUGUUUGGAGCCAUAGAUGAAUUAUUGGCUAAGACUAAGGUGAAGCCAAAAGAUAUAGGGAUUUUGGUAGUGAAUUGUAGUUUGUUCAAUCCUACACCAUCUUUGUCCGCCAUGAUUGUGAACCAUUACAAGCUUAGAGGCAAUAUUUUGAGCUAUAAUCUUGGUGGUAUGGGUUGUAGUGCUGGUCUCAUUUCUAUUGAUCUUGCUAAGGAGCUUUUGCAGGUCCAUGGCAACACCUAUGCUUUGGUGGUAAGCACAGAGAACAUAACACAAAACUGGUAUUGGGGAAACGAUCGAUCCAUGUUGUUAUCGAACUGCCUGUUUCGUAUGGGCGGAGCUGCCAUUCUCCUGUCGAACAAGCCAUCAGAUAGACAUCGAUCAAAGUACCAGCUAGUCCACACAGUUAGGACACAUAAAGGUGCAGAAGACAAAAGUUACACUUGUGUUUAUCAAAAGGAGGAUGCUAACAAAACCAUUGGUGUGUCACUCUCUAAGGACUUAAUGGCCGUAGCAGGGGAAGCCUUAAAGGCCAACAUUACAACUUUAGGCCCAUUAGUCCUUCCUAUGUCCGAACAACUUUUAUUCUUUGUUACAUUAGUAGCAAGAAAAAUAUUCAAGAUGAAAAUUAAGCCUUACAUUCCUGAUUUUAAGUUAGCUUUUGAGCAUUUUUGUAUUCAUGCUGGUGGGAGGGCGGUUUUGGAUGAGUUGGAGAAGAAUCUCGAGCUUACUCCAUGGCAUAUGGAGCCAUCGAGAAUGACACUAUAUAGGUUCGGCAAUACUUCAAGUAGUUCAUUGUGGUAUGAGUUGGCCUAUGCCGAAGCUAAAGGGAGGAUUAAACGAGGGCAUAGGACUUGGCAAAUCGCGUUUGGGUCAGGGUUUAAGUGUAAUAGUGCUGUAUGGCAAGCUUUAAGGACUAUUAAUUUGGCUAAGGAAAAGAAUCCUUGGAUGGAUGAAAUUGAUAAAUACCCUGUCGAGGUUCCAAGAUUUACACCACUCAAUAUGGCCUAAUUAUACUUUCCGAGUAUUUUUGGCUAAUUUUAUCUCUAUUCUUGUAUAUUUAGGAGAAAUAUAUCACAUAUCAUAUAAGUUUGUUAUGAAAAUUGAAUAGCAUUCAUGUAUUAUUUGAUUUUGAGCCAUUUUAUAUGAUUUCAUUGUUGUAGUUUAGAGAAGAAUAGAAGAUAUUGAAAUGGGUAGAAUUUUUUUUUUUCUUA